AUGAACAGCAUUUAAGUAACUGAGUUCUCAAACCGUGUUUUUGAUCGUUAUGAUAAAAAUCGUUCAGGAUAUAUCGAAAAAGAUGAAUUAGAUACAUUGUUGAAUAAUCUGGCAUUGGAAUUAAAUUCUUAGUAACCCACAAAAAAGGAAAUUGAUUAUAUGUUAUCCUAUUUGGAUACAAAUAAUGACAGUAAAGUGAGCAGAACAGAAUUUUAGAGAUUGGGGGAAUUGAUGGUUAAAGUUUUAGGAAACAAAUGA